AUGCUAAAUUUUGUUAGGUCUAGAACUCAGGCAAGGACAACCAGACCUACAACAAUGGGAAGUAUGGAUUAUGCAGACCCAAAAAGGAAGGGAAAUUUUGUUGGAAAAGUUUUUCUUGCUGCUGCGUUAACGACAAUAUGUAUUAUCAUGAUCAAGCGAACUCCGUCUUUGAAUUCCCCUAAUCCGUUUGCCGUCCAUGAACCUGGGAUCAUUCAUGUUUUAGUAACAGGAGGAGCCGGCUUUAUUGGCUCACAUGCCACUCUUCGGCUUCUGAAGGAUAAUCAUCGUGUGACCAUAGUAGACAAUCUGUCACGAGGAAAUUUGGGUGCCGUCAAGGUUCUUCAAGACUUAUUUCCAGAACCCGGAAGGCUUCAAUUUAUAUAUGCUGACCUGGGAGACCCAAUAUCGGUUGAUAAAAUAUUUUUGGAGAACAAAUUCGAUGCCGUAAUGCACUUUGCUGCUGUUGCAUACGUAGGGGAAAGCACUGUGGAUCCUCUUAAGUAUUAUCACAAUAUAACUUCAAAUACCUUGUUGGUAUUGGAAUCUAUGGCUAAACAUGAUGUGAAGACAUUGAUAUAUUCUAGUACAUGUGCAACGUAUGGGGAACCCGAAAAGAUGCCUAUUACAGAAGUAACACCGCAGGUUCCGAUUAAUCCAUAUGGGAAAGCCAAGAAGAUGGCAGAGGAUAUCAUUCUUGAUUUUUCUAAAAAUUCAGAGAUGGCGAUAAUGAUUCUCAGAUACUUCAAUGUGAUUGGAUCGGAUCCUGAAGGAAGAUUGGGCGAGGCUCCAAGACCUGAAUUGCGAGAGCAAGGUCGAAUAUCCGGUGCCUGCUUUGAUGCAGCUCGUGGUAUUAUACCUGGCUUAAAGGUUAGAGGAACAGACUAUAAGACAGCCGAUGGAACUUGCGUACGAGAUUAUAUAGAUGUAACAGACCUGGUUGAUGCUCACGUGAAAGCUCUCGAAAAAGCACAACCUGCCAAAGUUGGUAUCUACAAUGUUGGCACAGGAAAGGGUAGCUCAGUGAAGGAGUUUGUUGAAGCUUGCAAAAAGGCUACAGGGGUGAACAUUAAAGUAGAAUACCUCCCUCGUCGACCCGGUGAUUACGCCGAAGUGUAUAGUAACCCAACGAAGAUCAACCAUGAACUGAAAUGGUCUGCACAACGCACGAAUCUUGAAGAGAGUUUACAAACUGCAUGGAGAUGGCAGAAAUCUCAUCGCGAUGGAUACGGGAUUCCAAAUGUAUAUUGA